GACCGAUCCUUUUUAAUAAUUCAUCAAAAAUUGGAAGAAGACUUCAAGGAUCGGAGUCGUCGCCUUGCAAGUUGCAAAUUAUUGCUUCUCUUUUCUUUCUCCUCCAAGUCCUUGUUAGCAUCCUUCAUCCGGAGCCAUGGAAGCAGCUUUGGUAGCUACAGCUCGCUUUGCGGCGGACAAGGUGACAAUUCUCGUCCAACUCGACGAGAAACUCAAGGCAAUGACUGGUAUCGAAGAGAAGAUGAAGAAGCUCAAGGAGAUGUCGACGAUAAUUGACAUGGUGAUCCAAGACGUCGAGUCCCACCCUUUAAAUAAUGAUGUUGUGAAGGAUUUGCUGAGGAAGCUCAAAUAUUUGGCCUACGAUCUCGAGGAUGUUGUAGAUUGCUAUGACACCGAAACCUCGCGGAGGCAGAGAUCAUCAAUAGUGAGUGAUUUCUUCUCUUCCAAUAAUCAAGUUGUCUUUACGAGUAACAUAAGUGACAUGAUACAAGGUGUAACAAAUAGUCUGGGUUCUAUUUUGCUACAAAAAUCCAUUCUUCUCAAUUUGCCACAAAGCAGUAGCCACAUGUCACUGCCCUACAGAGGUACCCACUCACGCAAUACCAUUGAAGUUGUAGGGAGAGAACUAGAGAAGAAUAAGAUUGUCAAUAUGUUAACAAAGGAAGAUGAUGAUGAUGAUGAAAGUGACCAUGGCACAGUGAAGGUCAUUGCCAUCGUUGGGAUGGGUGGCCUGGGGAAGACUACACUUGCUCAGCUUGUUUUCAAUGAUGCGAGGGUGAAAGAUCAUUUUGCAAGUCCAAGAAUGUGGAAACUUGUCGGGGCUGAAUUUGAUCCUGAAAAGAUAAUGAAGUCUGUUUUAGAACUGGCUACUGGUGCACCGGUCAACAUCUCAGAAAUAGAAUUAGUGAGGCAGAAUCUAGAAACAGCAUUAUCUGGGAAGAGAUUUCUGCUCGUGCUGGAUGAUGUAUGGAAUGAAGAUCCAUUUGAGUGGGGUACACUGAAAGCAGCCUUAACAUGUGGGGCGAAAGGAAGCAAAAUUUUGGUGACAACCCGUAGCCUACAUGUCUGUUCGAUUAUGGGCUCAUCCACUGCCACCCACCAAAUACAACAGUUAUCCCGAGAUGAUUGUUUAUCUUUGUUUCAACAAUUUGCAUUUGGAGACGAAGCACCCGAUCAAAAGUUGAUGAAAAUUGGUAAAAAGAUUGUUAAGAAAUGUGACGGUGUGCCCUUGGCUGCCAUAUCUCUUGGUAACAUGCUCCGUGGCACUCGAGAUGAGACUUAUUGGUCCUCCGUAUUGAAGAGUGAAAUAUGGCAGCUCCGAGAUGAGGAACAGAAAGUGUUAGCUGUACUAAAGUGGAGCUAUGACACUCUCCCUCUACGAUCAAAGAAGUGUUUUGCAUUUGGUUCCUUAUUCCCUAAAGACUAUAUGAUGCAAAAGGAUAAAUUGAUAAAACUGUGGAUAGCAAAUGGUUUUGUAAGUUCAGAAGGAAAUUUUGAAGCUGAAACAGAGGGCAACCGCAUCUUUGAUGAUCUUGUGUCCAGAUCAUUCAUUCUCUUGGCCCCUGUUCAAUAUGAUCGUCGUAUAACCAAGUGCACGAUGCAUGAUUUGAUGCAUGAUUUGGCACGAUCAGUAUCUGGAAAUAUAUAUUGGAAUUCUAUUCAAGACUUAGUGGAAGUUAUAGGAGAGCGAACAUAUCAUUUGCAAAUAAAUGAAGGAAAGCUACCAAACAUGACUCAGGUCUUAGCCAAGAAACCAACAUACUUGCGCACCUUUUUCCAAGAUAAACUUUCACGUUUGAGUAUCAAUCUUCAUGAAGUCUUUUCAGUAUUGAAAUUUUUGCGGGCAUUAAAUUUAACUGAAAGUGGCAUUAGGGAUAUACCGACGUCAAUAGGAAAUCUGAUACAUUUGAGGCACCUCAACUUGUACUAUAAUGAAAUUGAAGUUCUACCCGACUCCAUAACCCUUCUCUCCAAUUUACAGUAUCUGAAUCUCAGUUUCAAUUAUGGACUUCGAGAGCUACCAAAAGAGUUAGGGAAUAUGCAAAACCUUCGGGAUCUUGAUUUAGUAAUGGAUUAUAAAUUGACACAGAUUCCUUGUGGAUUAUCUCGACUAACUAAUCUUCGAAGUUUACCUGUCUUUAUUGCUAGUGACAAAACUGGCGCAUGCUCAAUUACAGAGCUUGAGGAUUUGAAGCUUUAUGGAAAAAUGGGAAUUAAAAUUUCCCAUGAUUUUAAGAAUUAUUCUCGAAGUGGAAGAAAAAUCUUGAAGAAUUCAGAUCUUGAUGAACUACACAUAGAGUUUGGUGUUUCAGAAGGAUAUCACAAGGACAUGUUGGAUGAUCUUUGUCCCAACACGAGUUUAAAGAUGUUAAGAAUAUCGAACUAUAGGAGCCCACAAUUUCCAACAUGGUUGAUAGAGUUACAAAUGCCAAAUUUGGUUGUAGUUGACCUCGGCUGUUGUUGUGGGCAUAUUCUUCCGUUUCGAAAUCUGCAGUUUCUUAAGAAGCUUAGCUUAGGCCGCAUGAAUGGAAUUACACAGAUGGUUACUGAGUUCCACGGAUUUCCGGAUGUCCUAAAUUGA